AUUAUGACUAUAAACAAAUGAAUAAAUUAAAAAAACACAAACUUAAAUCUUCAGAUUUCUUUGAUACUAUUCUACAAACCUAUUGAUCACACAAGAAUAUGAAAUUAACGAAAUUAAAAUAUGAAUAAAGACCUACGGACACACACACAAAAGCAAAGCACCUCAGAAAGCGUUGAAUGAAAGAGAUGAAAGCGAAUUAGGUUGCUGAGUCAACUUCCAAUAUUAUUAAUAUGUAUGUAUGUAUGAAAGCAAAUAUGUAAGUAAAUGUAAAUAAUCGUUAGCAAUCUGAAUAAAUCUAUUCAAAUAAAAUUUGAAUGCUAAAAAUAAAUGAAAACAAAAAUCAUCACAUCAAAGGGUCGAUCUUUUUCUGCCUUAGAUACCAUCAACCUAGUGCUAAGCUGUCAGCAUCGACACCUCCAAUCGCGAUUUGAUUUAAAGCGGUCAUUAACUUCGCGGUCGACCAGCUGUUUGUUUACGCCGCCAAAAAAUUACUAAAAAAUUAUGCAAAUGACAGUUUGUAGUAGAUAAAAUACCAUGCCAUUAAUGCAAACAAACAUAAAUACAUAUUUACAUAUGGGCAGACAGACAUACAAACGUAUGGAUGCGCAAAACUUUCCUUGUUAUGCUGGUAUUCAUAUUCAAAUUUCUUCAUGGAGAAAACAGAGUGCGGCGGCGAAAGGUGCGCGACAACACGCUGGCGGGAUAGUCAAACAGAUUUGCGUUACGGUUACGCUUCUGCUGCUCUGCAACGGUUUAUGAUAAUAAAAAUAUAAAAUUGCAUUAAUUUCUGCUUGAAUGAUCUUUUUAUAGCCUUUUUUUUUUGGUAAGUUGUUCGAGUUUUCGAUAGUUUUGCGGUUAUUGGGCGAAUUUCUGCAAAUAAAGAAAUCAGUUUUUGGGAACCCUUCAAAGUGUUUGCAAUAAAGAAACAAGCGCGCAGCUGUAAUUAGUAAAAAUGUUUUUAAAACAAUUGAUAUGCCUCCUGGUAAUUGUGAUUUGCCUCGAUUGUGGCGCAGCGAAAGUAGUAAAGAAGCCAAUAAAGUCAUCACGAGAUAUUGGUUUCAGCAGCGGCUCGAAGCACCCUCUUGUAGGCACCGCCUUCGAUUACGACUACAUCGCACCGCAGUCACGCAGAGCGCCGAGUCGCUAUCAACAAAAAUCCAAUCCAACCACAACUCAGCGCCCUUUCAUACGUUAUUGGAAUAAUUUCAUACGAAAUAUACGCGUGCCUGUGCCCACGAUCAGUUGGAAUAUGACCAAUCCGUUGGCUAAUCUUUUCAACACCGGCAUUACGAAUGUCAUCGACACACCUGUGGGCAAUUUCAAUCACCGCAGCACGAAGCGUAAACGCAGCAAAAACACACGCAAACAUUCGGACACGAAAGCGAAACACUCCAAGAAACACAAACAUACGCACGCCUAUGAAGAUGAUACGGAGACUUAUCAAGUGGUCGCUUAUAAUGAUUUUGGUGAGCCCUACACACUCGAACUCGAUCCACACAAGGUUAUUUACUAUUACGACGCGAGCACUGGGCAAUAUUAUAAAAUGCAGACACAAUAUCCAAACAGUUAUACGCAGCAUGAGCAGCAACAACAGCAGCAACUAGUUGAUGUGGAAGAGGAGCAGGAAGAGCAAAUAGUUGAGCCAGAGGCGCAUGAGGAGCCGGAAGUGCAUGAGGAACCAGAUGUGCAUGAGGAACCAGAAGUGCAUGAGGAGCCAGAGGCGUAUGAGAAACCUGAAGCUGCACAAAUCGAACCACCAACUGCAGAAGCGACUGUGGAAGGUAAUGAAACUGAGAGUGAAGAGACACCGCAAGCAGUUGAAGAGUCACUUAGUGAUGGCGAAGAAGUUUCUGGUGAAGUGGAUAUAAUACCAGUAGAUGCGGUAAAUUUCGAUGACUCCGAAGAAGUGCAAACGGCAGUGAAACAACCGGUGGAAUCAACUAAAAUGAGUAAACCAAAAAAUAUUAAAACUGUUGAGGAAGUGCGUAAUGCAAUUAGAGCUUACAUGCUGGAUGAUCACUUCAAUAGAAUGCGUCAGCAGGCGAAUACAGCGGAGCGGUAUAAAACGCUGCGCACUAGAGUGAAACCGCAGCCAAAGCAAAAAUUCACGCAUUACAUAUUGCAACCAGUCUAGUUGUGUACAUAUGGAAUUAAAAAAAUACUAUUUAUGUUUAAUGAUAUAAU